CGUCUACGGGAAAUCUCCAGCAAAUGGCGUGGCUGUCUGGCCCUCAGGAUUGGGAUAUAAUUUGGGAUGUGCCGCUUAACCAAUCUAUCUAUGGUUUGUGUGGUGCAUUUGGAGUGUAUCGUAAGAAUAUCUCUAGCCCCUGUGAAUGUUUAAUUGGUUUUGAACCAUUUUCGACGGACUACACCAGUGGAAAUGAUUGGUCAGGUGGGUGUGUGAGGAAAUCCUCUUUGCAAAAAUGUGAAAAUAAUACGUAUGCUAAUGGCAAAAAAGAUUGGUUCAUGAAGAUACCAUUCCUGAGAUUGCCCGGUAAUUCAAAAGCAUAUUCGGCAGCGAGUGCUAGGUAUUGUGAAGUGGCUUGCAUGAAUAACUGUUCUUGCACAGCUUAUGCUUAUAAUAGCAGCGGGUACUGCAUGAUUUGGGAAGGAGCUCUUUUGAACUUACAGCAACUCUUAGAUGGUGGGGAGAUUAUGUAUCUCAGACGUGCUGCAGAUGAGCAUCAAAGUACCAAAGGCAAAAAAUGGAAGGUAUGGGUAGCUGUGCUAGUUCCAACAACAGGGCUUAUCUUAUGUCUUUUCAUUUGUUUUUCAACCAAAGGAAAGCUCAAACGCAUAGUGACCAAUUCUUAUCAAACAAGAGAGAAGGCUUCAAACAAUAAUCUACUAUUAUUUGAUUUCAAUACUGAGCUCGAUGCAAUCAAUGAAGAAAUGAAUACCAACAAUAAUAUGAAGAAAAGAGAGAAGGAUUUUGAGUUACCACUAUUCAGUUAUGAAAGCGUAUCAAUUGCAACUAAUAAUUUUUCAGCUGUAAAUAAGCUUGGAGAAGGAGGUUAUGGACCUGUUUACAAGGGGAAAUUACUCAGAGGGCAGGAAAUUGCAGUGAAGAUGCUUUCAAAAAGAUCUGGACAGGGAAUUGAGGAGUUCACAAAUGAGACAAUACUAAUUGCAAAACUUCAGCAUAGAAAUCUUGUUAGAAUCUUAGGUUGUUGUAUUGAGCGAGAUGAAAAAAUAUUAAUAUAUGAGUACAUGCCCAAUCAAAGUUUGGACGUUUACCUUUUUGAUCCAAUCAGGAAAAAGGUGUUAGCUUGGGAGACACGUGUACACAUUAUUAAAGGGAUCGCUCAAGGGCUUCUUUAUCUUCAUCAAUAUUCAAGGAUACGAAUCAUACAUAGAGAUCUAAAACCGAGUAACAUUCUCUUGGAUAGUGAAAUGAAUCCAAAAAUAUCAGAUUUUGGCAUGGCUCGAAUAGUUGGAGGUAAUGAAACAGAAGCAAACACAAACCGAAUUGUUGGAACUUUUGGAUACAUGUCUCCAGAAUAUGCUAUAGAUGGUUUAUACUCAAUAAAGUCUGAUGUGUUUAGCUUUGGAGUAUUGCUCCUAGAGAUUAUAAGUGGCAAGAAGAAUACUGGCUUCUAUAACAGUAGUUCACUCAAUCUUCUUAAACAUGCUUGGGGGUUGUGGGUAUAUGAUCUAAGCUUGGAGUUGAUGGAUCCAACAAUAAGUUAUCCUUCUUCCAGGUCUAUUCUAUUGAGAUUCAUUAACAUUGGACUUCUUUGUGUCCAAGAAAGCCCGACUGAUCGACCUACCAUGCUUGAUGUAGUCUUAAUGAUUAGCAAUGAACGUGCACCUCUACCUAAACCCAAGCAACCAGCAUUUACCACAGGCCGGAACAUGAUGGACACAAAUCCAACAAUUGACACUGCAAGAAAUUGCUCAAAUAAUAGCGUAACUAUUUCAAUAAUGGAAGCCCGAUGAUUUGUCUCCUAUAUCAAAGAAAAGAAAUGUUGUAGAACCAAUCUUUUUGUUUGAUUUGUAUGCACGUUGAU